CAGUUCACGCGGGCGGCCAUGUUUCCGAGAUGGCUGCGUGUGCGCAUGCGCACUGGCGCGCACGGAAGAAUGAACGGGGGCGCUGGAGUGGGCGGCGUGAUGCAGCGACCAUCUUCUGUCUCGGUAACCAUGGUACUGCUGUGUGAGUGGACGUCGGUGUCUAUGGGAACGGGUCAGGUGAGCAUCUCUACCUGUGACGCAGCUGCGACAUUGUAUGGGCUGCGUAUGUGCUCCGGGGGCCGCAGAGACAGACGCGCGGGGCGAUGCUCACGGACUCCGUCGCCGCAGCUGUGACACAGGCUUCACCUCGCAGCUGUGUGGUGCCCGCGCGGGAGCAGCGGCGCAGGGGUAUCUGAGAACCCGGACCCCGUCCCGAAAGCGGCUGAUGAGGAGGAGACAGAAGAGGCCAGUUGAAAAGAAAACACCCUGAGGAGGAAGACCUGUUGCACAUCUUAAAGUCAAGGUUCAGGCUCUUUUCCAGGGUGCCACGUGACCCUCUGCUGCCGUAAGUCCGCAGACACCGCCUGGCUGUGACACCUUGUCAGACGCAACUAGUUUCUGAAGAUGCUGAGGCUUUUCGAAGACUGUUCUGAGAAAGCAGCCCCGGGGGGCCGAACUGAUCCCGCGCUGAUGCCGAGUUCAGGCCAGCUGAAGGGAAAGCACCCUGAGGAGGAAGACCCGUUAUACAUCCUAAAGUUAAAGCUCCGAGCACACACCAAGAUGAUACAUCCAAUCUUGAGAGCGGAGGCCCCGGCUCACAUUUGGAGCCAGCACCUACAGAUACGGAUUCAGCUGUGGAAGAGAGCAUUUCUAAAAUGAAUCUCCUUAGAGAGGAUGCACAUAUCAGAAGCCAGUCCUGUCCAGCUAAUGGGAUGCACGAAAGUGAGUCUGAGAGUUCCCAGAGCUCGAGAGAGGAGAAUCUCAGCCAGGACCAGGACGGAAAUCUUAGCCAAAAUGGAGACCCCAGCCAAGAGGAGAAUCCCAGCCAGGAGGGCAGCUCCGGCCAAGAGGGCAGCUCCAGCCAAGAGGGGAGCUCCAGCCGAGCGAGGAACCCCAAGCAGGUGGCAGCCAAACCCCGUAAGCGACAUCCAACUAGAGAGAGAACCUCGCCUCGAUCCUACAAGGAGAGUGCCUACGAGUGCACGGAGUGCGGGAAGGUCUUCAGCCGCAGUUACCAGCUGAGCCAGCACCAGAAGAUCCACACGGGCGAGAAGCCCUACGAGUGCAAGGAGUGCAAGAAGGCCUUCCGCUGGGGCAACCAGCUCACCCAGCACCAGAAGAUCCACACCGGCGAGAAGCCCUACGAGUGUAAGGACUGCGGCAAGGCCUUCCGCUGGGGCUCCAGCCUGGUCAUUCACAGGAGGAUCCACACCGGGGAGAAGCCCUACGAGUGCAAAGACUGCGGCAAGGCCUUCCGGCGGGGCGACGAGCUCACCCAGCACCUGCGCUUUCACACCGGCGAGAAGGACUACGAGUGCAAGGACUGCGGCAAGACCUUCAGCCGCCUCUACAAGCUCAUCCAGCACAAGAGGAUCCACAGCGGCGACAAGCCCUACGAGUGCAAGGACUGUGGGAAGGCCUUCAUCUGCAGCUCCAGCCUCAUCCAGCACAAGAGGAUCCACACCGGGGAGAAGCCCUUCGAGUGCCAGGAGUGUGGGAAGGCCUUCACGCGCGUCAACUAUCUCACGCAGCACCAGAAGAUCCACACGGGGGAGAAGCCCCACGAGUGCAAGGAGUGCGGCAAGGCCUUCCGCUGGGGCUCCAGCCUGGUGAAGCACGAGCGCAUCCACACCGGGGAGAAGCCGUACAAGUGCACCGAGUGCGGCAAGGCCUUCAACUGCGGCUACCACCUCACCCAGCACGAGCGCAUCCACACGGGCGAGACGCCCUACAAGUGCAAGGAGUGCGGGAAGGCCUUCAUUUACGGGUCGAGCCUGGUGAAGCACGAGCGCAUCCACACCGGGGAGAAGCCCCACGAGUGCAAGGACUGCGGGAAGGCCUUCAGCCACGGCCACCAGCUCACCCAGCACCAGAAGACGCACGCGGCGAAGCCUCACGUGUGUGAGGAGUGCGGGAAGGUGUGCAAGCACGCGAGCCACCUGAAGGGACACCUGAGGGUUCAUAAGAGUUAGAGGCCUUCUGAAAACCAGGCAGGUACCGAAGCGUCUAUCCUCCACUCAUCCCUUCCUCACUGUGAGGAGGAGUCACGAUUAAUUUAACACAGAAAAGCCUUCCCUGGUCAUUCUCACACUUACAUCACCAGUAACAUGAGAGGCACGUGCGACCGCGGAGAAGUUCCUUUUCUUUAUGAUCACAACAUGUUCGUCCUGACAUUUUUACCAGAUUAGCUGGUUCAGUACAUUAUCGAAGCCCAUCGGUACCAUUCCAUCUUUGGUUUUUUUCUCCAUUCCAUCCUUGUUACGUUUCAGGUUCAUUCUAGGGAACAACUCAGCUAAAUAAUACAAGGGGAAGCCUUUAAUCAUGGCGCACACCCCACCAAGAAUCAGCAGUAUCCCGUCUCUUUGCUCCCUGUGAGACACGCCAGCAUACUACCUGUUACCCUGUGCAUCGCAGAUGCACCUCAACAUACGGUAGGGUUACGUCCCGAUAAGCCCAUCCUAUGUUGGAAAUUCCAUUCGAAAAUGCGCUUAAUACACCUGACCGACCAAACAUUGGAGGCUAGCCCCAGUCUACCUUAAAAGUGCUCAAAAUUACUCCCGUUAGCCUAAAUUGGGCAAAAUCGUCUAAAAGCCUAUUCAAUGAUCAAGUGCUGGAUGUCUCGUGUAAUUUAUUGAACAUUAUGCUGAAAGUGAAAAUUAGUGGCUAUGUGGUUACGCUUUCGCACCAUCGUGAGUUCAGAAAUCACUGGUUGUGUGGGUCCGCUUUUGCACCAUCCUCCAGUUCAGAAAUCAGUGGCUGUGUGGUUACGCACGCACCAUUGUAAAGUUCAAACAUGAGUGGUUGUGUGGGUUCGCUUCCGCACCAUCGUACAGUUCAGCAGUCAGCGGUUGUGUGGGUUGCUUCUGCACCAUCCCACAGAUCAGAAGUUAGUGGCCGUGUGGUUACACUCGCACCAUCGUAAAGUUCAAAUGUGGUUGUGUGGGUUCGCUUGUGCACCAUCCUACAGGUCAGAAAUCAGUGGCUCUGUGGUUAUACUCGGCACCAUCAUAAAGUUCAAACUUGUGGUUGUGUGGGUUCGCUUCCGCACCAUCGUAAAGUUUAGAAAUCUGUGGUUGUGUGAGUUCGCUUCUGCGCCGUCCUACAGGCUAGAAAUCAGUGGCUCUGUGGUUAUUCUUGCAUCAUCGUAAAGUUCAAACGUGUGUGGUUGUGUGGGUUUGCUUCCGCACCAUUGUAACGUUCAGAAGUCAGUGGUUGUGUGGGUUCGCUUCUGCACCAUCCUACAGGUCAGAAAUCAGUGGCCGCGUGGUUACACUCGCACCAUCGUAAAGUUCAAACGUGUGGUCGUGUGGGUUCGCUUCCGCACCAUCCUAAAGUUAAGUCAGUGGUUGUAUUAGAUCUGCUUUCGCACCAUCGCAAAGAUCAGAAAUUAGUGGUUGUGUGGGUUCGCUUUUGCACCAUCAUAAAAUUGAAAAAUUGUAAGUUGAAAUAUCUGUAACUUGAAACCAUCUGUAUCUGUAAAGUGUUCGUUAUGUGCACCGUCUGUACAUAGGGAUAAUCAAAUCUACCUAAGAUUGCUGUUGUGGAAAUUAAAUAUAUGGUACGUGUAAACUCCUCGACACCGUAUCUGGAAUACUGUGUCAGGUCAGUAAAUAUUACCUAUUGUUGUUCUUGUGACCACCAUCUGUGUUACUCUUAGUGAGGUAUUACCAGACCACCUGGGAGUGCAGUGGGUUUAGAAGAAGAACAUCAGACUUCCAGGAGAAAGCAUAGAGUACUGUCACUGUCUUUAUCAGUCAUGACUUACUGCACAAAAGAAACUGAACACAGAAGGUUACGUUAGACUUCAUCGAAAGCACAAAGCAUGUUGAUGAAACGAUGCGCCUGAGAUAAACAGAAGGCAAGAAGUAGGCUGCAAGAGACGAGCAUGUGCACCUAAGGACGGACCCAUGGAGAAAGUGCAAGGAAUCCCUCAAGUUACGACACAGCAGAUACAUUAGAUGGCAGGAGAGUAAGCACUUCGCUGGGGAAGAUCACCAGGUAGCCAGUAAGCAAGUGAACUGUGUUCAGCACCAUUCCUCAUCAAAGAAACGCAAAGUAAGACACAACGGGAUGUCACUGGACAGUCACCAGAGCGGCAAAAAUUAAAAUCGUAACAAGAAAGUGUACUUCGUGUGUCUCACCACAAAAAAAUCAGGUAAGAAAGAGAAGGAUGUUGGUUCGAUCCAGUCAUUCCACAUUGUAUACAUGUAUUAAAAUACAUGGUGUUUCCAUAAAUGUAAUAUAACAAAUAAAUGUAAUACAAUUA